AUGUCUACCACCAAAGCCAACGCCGCUGCUGCCACCACUACUACCACUACAUACCACUAUGAACGUGACGAACAUGUUGUUGAAGCCUAUGCCUAUUUUACAGGAGUACCAACUGAAGAUUACCAAUACUGGGUAGACGCUACACAAAUCGCUAUGGGACCAAGAGCCCCACUAGUAUUGAACAAGACCAAACCCAAGUUCAACCAUCAACUUUUAGAACACCAAGCUGCCAAGACCAAAUUAUUGGUCUCCCAUUUGACUGGUGACUCUCCCAAACAGUACCAUCAGAACCAUUUCAAAAAAGCCGACCCACCAAAAGCUCCUCAUAUCGAUACAAUCAUCAAUGGUGGUCGAUUCCAAUCGAUCAACAAGGCAAUGUUAAGAGCCACUGAUACUUUGCAUGAUGUCACAGAACAAAUGGGAGAAGAAGUAAAAGGAAUCCAAGUGACAAGAGACCAAAAAGGAAAGAUAACAGAAUUUGUAUUCUUUGGUGAAGGUACACGUCCUAAAAGCCUUAGAAUGAGAAAUACAAGCACUUGGAAAAAUAAAAAAUAA